CCGGUGGGUGGGGGUGCGGCAGCUACAACAAGUGUGGAAUCCGCAGUCCAAUCUCGGCUGGGAAGAUGUUUUACCACAUCUCCCUGGAGCAUGAGAUUCUGCUGCAUCCGCGCUACUUCGGCCCCAACUUGCUCAACACGGUGAAGCAGAAGCUCUUCACUGAGGUGGAGGGAACCUGCACGGGGAAGUAUGGCUUUGUAAUUGCUGUCACCACCAUUGACAAUAUUGGUGCUGGUGUGAUCCAGCCAGGCCGAGGCUUUGUCCUUUAUCCAGUUAAGUAUAAGGCCAUUGUUUUCCGGCCCUUUAAAGGGGAAGUUGUGGAUGCUGUGGUCACUCAGGUCAACAAGGUUGGACUUUUCACAGAAAUUGGUCCUAUGUCUUGCUUCAUCUCCCGACAUUCCAUCCCUUCAGAAAUGGAGUUUGAUCCUAAUUCCAACCCACCCUGUUACAAGACAAUGGAUGAGGACAUUGUGAUUCAGCAAGAAGAUGAGAUCCGCUUGAAAAUUGUGGGAACCCGUGUGGAUAAGAAUGACAUUUUUGCUAUUGGCUCCCUGAUGGAUGAUUACUUGGGGCUUGUGAGCUGAGCAUGGAUGCCUCCACUCUUGUUCGGUCCUGACUUAGGAAGUAUGACUUUCAUACUUACUACAUUGUCCAGAGGCUCAAUUUGGCUGCUGUUAAAAAGGCAGGGAAGGUUCCUUGAUCCCAGAAGACAUCUAGAGCUUUUUGCAGCAUAGCUGCUGCUCUCAGACUUUUGACUAUGUGUUCUAACUAUAAAAGUCCUUGGUUUUCAUG